AUGUCCUACGGCUACAACAACGGCUACGGCGCGCCUCCGCCCAACCAGUGGGGCGGGCCUCCUCCCCAAGGCGGCUACGGCGGUCCUCCGCCUCAGCAAUGGGGCCCUCCCCCUGGCCAGUACGGCCCGCCUCCAGGCCAAUACGGUCCCCCCCAGGGCCAAUACGGCCCUCCUCAGGGCUACCAGCAACAAGGAUACCAGCAACAGGGCUACCAGCAGCCGCGUGGCCAGGGCGGAUAUAACGGCCAGGGCUACGACGGCCAGGGCGGCCAUGGCGCAACAAACCAAGGGUACCCCGGUCCCCAAGGCGGCCAGGGCCCUCAGGGCGACCAAGGGUACCGGCCCCCGGAAGGCACCCAGCACUACGCCAACAACAACAUGCUGUUCCAGUACUCGAACUGUCAGGGGCGCAAGAAGGCGUUGCUUGUCGGCAUCAACUAUAUGGGCACGCUGAACGAGUUGCGCGGGUGUAUCAACGACGUGAAAAACAUGCUGCGGUUCCUCAACGAGCGGUGGGGGUACCUGUGGGACGACAUGGUCAUUUUAACCGACGACCAGCGCACCCAGAAUAAGAUCCCCACCAGGGACAAUAUCUUGCGGGCGAUGCAGUGGUUGGUGAAAGACGCGCGCCCCAACGACUCGUUGGUGUUCCACUACUCGGGCCACGGCGGGUUAACCAAGGAUUUGGACGGUGACGAGGAGGAAGGGUACGACGAAGUCAUCUACCCGUUGGACUUUGAGAGAGCGGGGCACAUCGUCGACGACGAUAUGCACGCAAUCAUGGUGCACCCGUUGCCUCCGGGGUGCAAAUUGACGGCGUUGUUUGACUCGUGCCACUCAGGUACGGCGUUGGACCUCCCAUUCGUGUACCUGACCAAAGGUGUAAUUAAGGAACCUAACCUCGCCAAAGAUUUCGGUAAGGACGCGUUGGGAGCGGCGAUGGACUAUGCUCGCGGCGAUGUUGGGGGCGCUCUCGGCAUGGUCGGAGGCAUGAUUAAGAAGGCAAUGAACCGUCAAAGUGACUCCACUCGUCAAUCGGUGAUCCAGGCUAAGUUCUCUCCCGCCGACGUCGUCCUGAUCUCGGGGUGUAAGGACGACCAGACGUCGGCCGACGCUCGGGAAAACGGCCAGCUGACGGGGGCGAUGUCGUGGUCGUUCAUCACCACGUUGCAGCAACAGCCCAACCAGCUGUACUUGCUGUUGUUGAACAACAUGCGGACGUUGCUCCAGGCGAAGUACUCGCAGAAGCCCCAGCUCAGUUGCUCGCACCCGCAAGACAUGAACAUGCAGUUCAUUAUGUGA